CCGAUAAAAAUGGAAUCGAAGUUUGCUGCAGCUCGAGAAGGAAAGAGCAAUGUCUCUGCUAAACCCCUCAACCUUCCUUCCUCUUUCUACACCUGCCAAGCUCUCACUGCCCCAAAACUUAUAUUUCCCUCGAAAACUCCAUUCCCUCUCCCCUUCCUUCCUUUCCUCUUACAUCACCCAGAACGACGACGUCGACGAUGAAGAACACGUUAUCGGCGAUUGCCUCGUCUUUGAAGACGGCGCUUUCGAAGACCCUCAUCUCCAAGCUGACUCCACCAGCUUUGGAAAUCCCAAUACGAGCACAGGAAUUGGUAAAACAAAACCCAAGAAGAAGAAGAAGAAGAACAAGGAGAAACAAUCGGUAGAAAUUGAGGCUGAGAAUUUGGUUCCGGAGCAAUGGAGACAUGUUCAAGAGGAGAUCAAUGUAACCAAGAAAGAGAGGCGGAAAAUGGCGCAGCUGUUGGAGUUUGGGAGCAGAGUUGAGAAGAAGAGGCAAGGUUUGGUCCCUAUAAGGAACGUAAAUAUGCAAGAAUACUUGAAGUAUAAAGAGGCUAAAUUGGCUCAGUUGAACCCUGUGGUUCUUGAUAAUCCUUCGAGUUUUCCCGUAAAGGAGGAGGAGAAGGAGAACGAGGAAGGAUCAAAAGAGGCUGAGAUGAAUCUGCCUUCUUCGAGUGAGCGUGUGGCGCCUAAGAAUCCCAGGUGGGCAGUUUACGGAAGGGGUUUCGAGGAUGUUGCUGAGUUGUUCAGCAGCGAGAAUUACCAGCCGGGCGAGAACAAAUCCGAAGGCCGACGUAAGCUUUUUACAAAGGAGGAAAAAUUUAUGUUAAAUAGGCGUGUACCUGAUCUAGCGACUGCUACUUCUGGAAAGUGGCUACCUCUUCACACUCUUGCUGCUUCAGGGGAGUUCUACCUCGUUGAUGCUUUAUUAAAACACAAUGUUGACAUCAAUGCUGUGGACAAGAAUGGUUUAACUGCAGUUCACAAAGCAAUCGUUGGAAAAAAACAGGCCAUUACCAAUUACCUUUUAAGAGAAUCAGCUAAUCCAUUUGUUCGUGAUGAAGAUGGGGCCACCUUGAUGCAUUAUGCUGUCCGUACAGCAUCAACUCCUACAAUUAAACUUCUUCUUUUAUAUAAUGUAGAUAUAAAUCUUCAGGACAAUGAUGGUUGGUCACCAUUGCACCUUGCUGUUCAAGCAAGGAGAACUGAUAUAGUGAAGCUUUUAUUAAUUAGAGGAGCAGAUAAGAUGCUGAAAAACAAGGAUGGAUUAGCCCCACUGGACCUUUGCCUUUACUCUGGUCGGGACACAAUAACAUAUGAACUGAUCAAGCUAUUGAAGCAGCUUCCGAAGCCCCGAUAACCAAGGAUUAUCGAUGUUCCAGAGGCCCUUGAAAGCCAUGGCAAAUACUUUCACCCUCAUUCAGGUUUACUUGAAACUAGAUACCGAUGAGACAACUGGGACCUGACCAGCGUUUACGGGUGAGAAGAAUAUUGAUGGGCUUGUGACAUGUAAUUAUUAUGUAAUUAUGAGAAAUGAUCAAACCAAUAGUCCCCCAUUCUUCUCUAAAACUGCGUACCAUGUAUAAUUUUAUUGUUACAUUUAAAGCAUAGGCGAGGAAAUGAGCUUUGUAAGUACAUAUUGGGUAUUGCAGUCGCUAGUGCUGGCUUUUAGAUA